ACGACGUCGUACCAACCGGAAGUACGAUACCAGAAGCGGCUCGUUCAAUUCCAAAGAGGAGAUGCCGAAAACAAAAACAAAUGUUUUAGCUAGCUCGGUAACAGUGCUUUGGCCGUCGGAAAAAAAACAUACUCCACUUGUUAGGUGUUAGACUGUACAUGUUAAACGGUUACGGAAGAUUUCGCCUCGUUCGCUAGUAAACUUUAGCGAGGAUGCUAGGUGGCUAAUUCCGAGCAAGUUCUCUGCACAUUUAAGUUAUCGUGAUGUGACAGCGGUGGUGGCUGUGUUUGUUUUAGAAGCAUUCAGACGGUCAAGUAACGAGACCUGCUUGUCGUCGUAAUGGGGGAGAAGGAGCUGAGUCUCAUCGACAAGAAAGUUACAAGUUUGCUAGAUGUCCACCUGAGUCCCACUGUAACAUCCCUCAAUCUUCACUGCAAUCACAUCCCAAGGAUCGAGGGCCUGACCUCAGCUUGGCACCUGCGGCACUUAGACCUUUCGUCCAAUUGCAUUUCUAAGAUUGAGGGUCUAAGUUCCCUCACUUCCCUGAGGACUUUAAAUUUAUCAUGUAACUUAAUCACUAAGGUUGAAGGACUGAAUGGCCUUGUGCAACUAAAAAGAUUAAACGUGUCCUACAAUCAGAUAAACAACCUCACUGGCUUGUUGUACCUUCAUGGUCUGGAAUACAAGCUGAAGCACGUCAGUCUCCAAGGCAACCACCUGGAGAGCAUCGAUCACCUCCUGCAGUGCCUGCUUGGAUUGCAAUCAUUGAAAGAGGUCAUUUUGAGUCAGGAUGGCAGAGACAACCCUGUGUGUAAAUCAACAGGUUAUUGGGAGAUUGUUAUGCAGUCCUUGCCACAGAUCUCUGUUCUGGAUGGCGUGAAUCGUCUAGGAAGUCAAUCACAUCCAGGUCUAGUGAGUCCCUGUGAUAUCCCCGGUCUGGAGGACUAUGUGGACCUCCUUCUGUCCUCGGAUACUAGUCGCAAUGAAGCGGUUAAAGGCGAGGUCCCUCUCACCACACCCCGCAUCGAUGAGUUACUGACCCAGUUUCGGCAGCGAAUAGCCUCCGAAGCAAUCACAGAUCCAGUCGCACAACCAGAUCAUGAGAGUGUCCGGCCGGUUCGUUCCACUGUGGCUGAUCCAGCAGACCCCGUGAAUGAAGAACGCAUCAGGAAAUUGGAGCACCAGGUGUCCCAGCUCAUCCAGAAGACCCCUGCAGGUGACAAAUCUGGUACUCAGUCUGUGGUGACUGUACAGAAAGCCAAGAGGGACAUAGAUCGCACAUCUGAUAGCGAGUGUGACAGCGGGAAAGAAAACACAAGGCACACCAGGAUCCCCAAACAUCGUAACCUAUCGAGGUCGAACCCCAAGGAGACAAGGGGCCGGAGAUCAGACAGUGAUCAGGAGAAUCACAAACAGAAGAGUUCAAAGUCUGCUGUGGGGCCCAGGAGGAAGGCUGACAACACAGGGGCUAAAGACGCCAUGGGGCCAACUCGAAGGGUUCUUUUGAGAGCUGCCAAGACCUCCGGUGACGUGAAAACCAAAUCCACUGAGGAGGAAACCUACAGGACCAUUGUUGAAGAGCGUGACCAAGAAAGAGAGAGGCGUUGGAAGGCUGAGCAGGCUGUGAGGAAACUAACAGAGGAUCUGAAGAGCCUGCAGACAAAGGUCAACGAGGAGAAAGACCUUCAGAGCAUGGCCCUGCACACCACCGACAGACUAAAAGAGUUGUUGCUCAAGGAGCGAUCGGGGCGCUCUGAGCUGCAAACUCAAGUUGAGGAGCUAGAGGGGAGGUGUCAGUCUCUGACCCAGCAGCUGGAGCAGGCCCGCAGCAGUGAAGAACAACACAAGACUGCGCUGCACAGACUGGGGGAGAGCAUCUCACAUGGAGAGGCACUCAGGGCUCGACAGCAGGCUGAAGAGAUGAAGCGGUACCAGGAGCUGGAGAACAGGGCAGCAGCUCUGAAGAGAGAGUUGGACAUCCAGAGAGCUUCAGUACGUCAGUAUAAAGACAAAUUGCAGCAGCUGCAUGAAUUGCUGGCAUCCAGGGAACAAGAGUACAGAAAACAGCUUGAGUUGCGGUUGCAGCCUGGCGGGGCAGACUUCCGCGAGGCAGUUGCAAAAGAAGUUGCAGCCGCGGAGCAGAGACUCGCUCACAGGGAGAAGGAGCUGCAGGAGAAGCUGGUAGAGGGCAGAAAACAGUACGCCGCUCUGGAGGACGAGUUCCGCAUGGCACUAAGCAUUGAGGCGGCUCGCUUCUCUGAGGUGAAGGAGGCUUGUGAUCACAUGACUGCAGAGCUGCUGGAGCUCAAGGCGACCCUUGCCCAGUCACAGCAGAGGGAGAAGAAAUCUGGCUCUCUGGUGCAGGAGCUCACAGCCAUGGUCAAAGAACAGAAGAGCCGCAUCUCUGAACUCAUCAAAGCCAAGAAGGACGCUGUCACUGAUCUCAAGAGCCGACUGCAUUCCAUGGAAGCAGAGGUGGAGCAGGAUCGGCGUGUCAGUCUGCAGCUUGAGUUGCUCAAGAAAGACAAGGCUCGACUGUUGUCUCAGCUCACAGCUCAGGAGUCGGUGAUAGAUGGCCUCCGGGCAGAAAGGAGGAUCUGGGGCCAGGAGCUCGCUCAGCAAGGAGUGUCUCUGGCUCAGGAUCGAGGACGCCUGGAGGCUAGGAUAGAGGUGCUGGGUGCUGAACUGGAGACUCAGAAGAAACAUAACGAGAGGGACUAUGAUGCCCUUAAAAUCAAAACCAAAAUCAUUGAUGACCAGACAGAGACCAUCCGCAAACUCAAAGAGGCCCUGCAGGAGCGCGAUGAUCAGAUCCGGAGGCAGCGUGAGGAGGCGGUUCAGGGCCAGAAGAGGCUCCAGCAGCAGCAGGAGGAGGAAACCGCUCGGCAGACUGAGCUGAGGGAACGGCUGGAGCAUCUGAGCCUACGCAAGGAGGAGCUCAAACAGCAGCUGGAGGACAAGGAGGCCGAACUCGAGGAUGUCAAAAGAGUUUACAGUGAUUCCAGUAAGAAGUGGCAGGAGAAGGCUGACCUGCUCACUCGGCUGGAGAGCCAGGUGAAGCGCAUGAAGGACAACUUUGAUUCCAAGGAGCGUUUGCUGCUGGAAGAAAGAGAUAAAGCAACAGAAGCACACAAAGCUGCAGUAGAGAAGUUGCGUUGCAUGGAUGAUGCAUUUCGUCGUCAGCUUGAGUCUGGCCAGGCUGCACAUCAAGCUGAGCUGCUUCGACUGGCGAAUGAAAAGCAGAAACAGAUUGAACAAGCCAAUCAGAAGGUAUUUGAAGUGGAGGAGGAGAUGCGUCAACUCCUGGAGGAGAUGGAAACUAACAAGAGAAUCACUGAAGAGAAAAUGAAGCGUCUCACAAGUGUAUUAAAAGACUUUUAACACAUGAAAUGUCUUCUUUUCAGCCACAUCAAUAUAUACAUUUCACCCCAAGAGGAUGUGUUUUUCUAAAUAUCAAUCAAGUUGUUUCUGUUUUUAUGUUAAGUUAUUGUAUUUAUUUUAUCAUGAUUUUUCUAAUAAAUUCUCAUGCAUA